AUGGAUAAAUUAUAUGGUGACUAUGAUAAAAUUGUGGAAAAAUAUAAAAAUAAUACUUUAUAUAAAAGAAGAAAUGAAAAAGAUGGAAAUAAUAAAAGGGAAGUAAAAGAAAAAAGUAACUUGGAUAAGAAAAAAGAAAAGGAUUUAAGUAAAAAAGAAACAAAUAAAAAAGAUAAGAAAAUAAGUGAUAAAAAAUUAAAGAAGGAAAAUUUUCUUUUAAGUGAGAAUUCUCACAAUAAAUUUGGUAAUAAUGAUUCAUCUAAUGAAAAUAAAGAACAUUUAUUAAAAAAUAAAAGAGUAGAACAUAAUUUAAGAGAUAGAUCUUAUAAUCAAUACAAAAUAAGAAAAAAAUUAAGUAUAGAAAUAAACAAAAAAAUUUUUAGUGAUUCAGAAAAUAUGCAUAUAGAUGAUAAAUCCUUUUUAAAUGAUAAUUUACCAGUUGAUAUAAAUAAUUUGAUUAUAAAAAAAAGAAAAAAUAAAAAUGGAGAUCAAAAAAUAAAACAGAUACUAAAUAAAAAAGAUAAAAUGAAAUUUAUGGUAAAUUUUUUGUAUGUUUUAUAUUAUAUAUUUUUUUUCUUUCAUUAUAUAAUCGAUCUUCAAGUGAAUAAAAUUUAUAAUAUAGUCAUUAACACCUUUAUAAUUAUUAUAUUAAGUGUUCUUCUAUGUUAUAUUCACUUUCUUAAAACAAAAAAUAAAAAACUAAAAAAGAUAAUUUUUUAUAUUUCUGCUUAUGUAAAUUUAUUAUAUUGUCUAUAUAUAUUUAACACAUUUAUUUAUUGGAUAAAUGUAUAUUUAAAUUUCACAUUAAGUAAAAAAUUAUAUUUAAAAUAUCGAACCCUUUAUAAAAAUGUUUCAUUUAUAUUUUCAUAUUUUAACUUUGAUGAAAUUUUUUUUUUCCUUUUAAUUUUCUAUGGUCUAUUUUUUUUUACUUCUUCCUUAUUAACUAUUACUUUAUUUUACUAUAUUUACAACUUUAUUAAUUACUCUUUCUAA